CAAGCCGUCCAUUUAUAUAUAUAAUUGUGGCCCAAUUUAUUAGUGGACUAUCCUGAUUGUUGGGGCAGAAGGCAUCUGCUAGAUGGAACCUUCUUUAGAUGGCUUGGAUUCCAGACACGUGUGCCAAUUGGUCACAUGUGGCCGGUAUGUGCAUGGGCUUAUACGACGCUAGGGUCUACCCAAGGUAUUCAAUACUCGCCCUAACAAAAUUAAUUGGAUGGUCCACCUGAUUGACGACAGAACGAGCCUGAUUUUUCAAUGUUGUGGUCCACCUGAUUGAAAGCUCCAAUCUCACACGUUUGAAAUUUUGGCACGUGUGCUACGUGUGAAUGGCAUCGAACCAACCUCCUGAAAACGUUGUAUGAUGAGAAUUAUAGGAUGCUGAUGCACCAUAAUGUAAAUCGUGUCCUUUUGCCACAUUUGGAACAUGUAGGGACUAUCUUUAUAAGAUCUCGACCGUUAAUAUAAAUAAGGAAAUGAUUGACGGAUGAUUCGUAAAAUAUUUCCAUGAUCAGAAAUCAUGACAAUUAAAUUUCUGUUCUAAAAAUGAACGGCUAGUGAGAAAACAAUAACGACCCAAAAUAUCAAUCUUGUAAAGAAGGCUAUAAACAUCCAGUCCGUAAAAUUUUCAUGGACCACUCCAUCUAUGGUGGGUCCCGUCAUUUCAACGGUUGGAUCAAUGUGAAAUGGACCCCACUUGUACAACUAGAUGCAUGCGGACCAUAUGAUGUUAUGCCCCUUGGCCUUGCCUGCGAUUUCUCUCUCUCGACCUCAAUCGCGACUCAUCGAAGAAGAGAAAAAUCUCUCUUCCGAUCGAAUGCUCUCUCAGUCAAAUGUCUUCUCUUCCUUUCCCGCCACCACAUUCAAAUCCCUCUCCCGGCAAAAUCCCCACCAAAAGCCCUGCAUUUUUCACCGGAAUUCCUUCUUCUUUCUCUCUAAAACCUCUAUCUCCUUCAAUCCAAAAUCCCCAACAAAACACCCAAUCUGGCCUUCUCGAAAACACACAUCUAAUCUCUCUCUCCAAGGAGUUCAAAUUCAAAGAAGCCAAUGAAUUCCUUGACGCCAUGGACAAGGCCGGUGUUCCCGUCACUGACCGCGCCUUCGAAUCUCUGUUUGAAGCGUGCGGGAAGUCUAAUUCCCUAUCGUACGGGAGGAUUUUUCAUGACAGAAUGCGAAAAGAUGGGAGAAUUCCAUUUGGGUCUCUCGGACAAUGCGUUAUCUGGAUGUAUUUUGAUUGCAAGGGCGGUUCUGAAUAUGCACGGAAGGUGUUCGAUGAAAUGCCCGUGAAGGAUUUGGGGACUUGGAGAAGGAUGGUAUCUGGGUAUUCUCGGAAUGGGCAUUUUGUUGAAGCUCUUGGGUUGCUUUCCCAAAUGGUGGUGUCAGGGGUUGAGUUGGACGCGUCGGUGUAUGUCGUCUUGAUACGGGCGGUUUCAGUUGAUUCUGGAUUAGAGAUUGGAAAGCUGGUACAUUCUCAGGGGAUUCGAAUGGGGUUGAUUCCAGAUGCUUUGAUCGAUCCCAUACUUGUCGAUAUGUAUGUGAAAUGUGGGUGUAUAGAGAGUGCUCAUCAUGUUCUUGAUCGGAUGGUGGAGAAGAAUGUCGUAGCAUGGACUGGAUUGAUGGUGGGGUACACUCAUGCUGAUAAAGAGGAUGAAGCUUUGGCAUUGUUUGGCAGGAUGAUACAGGAAGGCAUUGAAUUGGAUGAAUUUGUGUUUUCAAUCGCUCUCAAGGCCUGUUCGGGGUUAGACCGUUUGGAUAUAGGGAGGCAGAUUCAUGGUUAUGUUGUUAAAUAUGGGAUGGAUUCGGAUGUUUCAGCGGGAACCCCACUUGUAGAUUUUUAUGUUAAAUGCGGGAGCCUUGAAGAGGCUCACCGUGCAUUCGAGAAGAUUUCUCAUCCUAACGAGUUCUCUUGGAGCUCAAUCAUCUCCGGAUUUUGUCAUGCAGGUAAAUUCGAGGAAUCAAUUCGACUGUAUAAGGAUCUUAGGAAUAGAGGGAUAGUUUUGAAUUCUUUUAUAUAUACUAGUAUUUUUCAGGCAUGUUCAGCACUGGCAGAUUUGAAUUUAGGUAGCCAGUUGCAUAGUGAUGCGGUCAAGCGAGGACUUGUUUCUGAUCUCUAUGGGGAAAGUGCAUUGGUGACCAUGUACUCGAGAUCCGGUAGCUUGGAUUAUGCACGUCGAGCAUUUGGAUGGAUAAAUCGACCGGAUACGAUUGCGUGGACCGCCAUAAUUUCUGGUUGUGCUUAUCAUGGGCAUGCUUCAGAAGCACUGGAUCUCUUUAGGAUGAUGCGUAGUUGUGGUGUAAGACCAAAUUCUGUUACAUUCGUUGGUGUUUUCACAGCUUGUAGCCAUUCGGGAUUGGUCUCUGAGGCCCGGCGAUAUUUGGACUCGAUGAGUAAAGAUUACGGUGUGGAACCCACUGUUGAUCACUACAAUUGUAUGGUUGAUAUCUACUGUCGUGCGGGGCGACUAGAAGAUGCAUUCAAAUUAAUAAAAUCAAUGCCGUUUGAUCCCGAUUCGAUGACUUGGAAGAUUUUAUUGGGCGGGUGUAGGACCCACCAAAAUGUUGAGCUUGGGAAGAUUGCAGGAGAGAACCUCCUUCGGAUGGCCCCCAAUGAUACAGCUGCUUAUGUGCUCAUGUUUAACUUGUAUGCUUCAGCAAGAAGAUGGGAAGAAGCAGCAAACAUUAGAAAGGUGAUGAUUGAAAGAGAUGUGAGAAAGGAGGUGAGUUGCAGUUGGAUUACUAUCAAGGAUAAGGUCCAUAGAUUCAUUGUCGGCGAUAGACAUCACCCACGAACGGACGAGAUCUACUCCAAGUUGGAGGAACUGAGUCAUUUGUUUGCUGGCCAUGGAUAUGCCCAUCUGAUAGAUGAUGGGUCAGAUGGUUUGCACGAGGAGAGAAAUGAACAGCUUCUUGACCAUAGUGAGAGGCUAGCUAUUGCCUUUGGUCUUAUUUCCACAUCUGGUAAUGCUCCCAUUCUAGUUUUCAAGAAUCUCCGUGUUUGCAGCGAUUGUCAUGAUUUCACAAAAUGGGUGUCGAAGACCUCAGGACGUGAAGUCGUGGUUAGGGAUUCAUGUCGGUUCCAUCAUUUUAAGGGCGGGAAAUGCUCUUGUGGAGAUUAUUGGUGACCAUGAGGCAAGUAGGUGAAGGUUUGCUCUCCGAGUGCUUUCGUAGAAGACUGGGAAGUUUCGAAAGUCAAAAGCAGUCUUCGGUGACUCAAAGUCAUUGAUUAUCACUCAACCUCUGUAAGUCUGGUUGUGUUUGGAUGCACUAAUGAAUCGAAUUGCAUUAAUUUGUUGAUAAAAUGAGGAAAUUGCAUUACAUUUCUUUAAUAUCCAACUUAAAAGUAACAUAAUUUCGAUUCCAAGACUAGUUCCUUAAUAUGAAUGGGGGAAAUGCUACACCCACAUCGGCACAUGGCUCGAUUUUAAUUUUAAGGGAUGUAAAUUUCAAUUUGGUCAUCCCCAUUUACUGGGACUAGCUAUUGCAAUUGAAUUUAAUAGUGCAUCCAAACGCAUCCUUUUGCUAUAUUGCUGUUGAUAUUGUGCAUACUAUUUUGAGAUGGAUUUCUAACAUUUUACGAACUUCAAAGCACCACCGACUGCUGCUGAAUUUAUGUGAAUGAACUUUUCGUGC